CUCAGAAUCAGCAUUGUCUCCUCCAUCACCGACACAGUCGUGUCUCCCCCUUUCCAAUCUCCAGAAAUUACAUAACCUCGGAAAAUCAAAAUUAUGGCUGGGCUGCAAACCUUACACUUGUCGUCUAGCCUGCCUUCAUUUUCGCCUUAUUUCAACAGAAGGAAUACACGCGGCCGGGCCGGAUCCGAGCCCCAGAAUUUGUACGCCAUGGGAGACGAAAUCAAGACAAAAAAUGAUAAAGGACAGUCCCUAUUGUUUUAUGCCAUUCGUUUUGGACAUAGAGGUUUCGCCAAAGAGCUUAUGGAGAAGGGUUGUGAUCCAAACGAAGCCGACAUUGUUAACCAUUAUCCCAUACACGAGGCUGUGGACCAAUCUGAUUCCUCCAUGAUCGAGUUACUGAAGGAAUAUGGUGCCGAUCUCAAUGUCAAAAAUCUGUUGGGUCAAACUCCACUGAUGAGAGCCGUUCUUUUUGAUGAUGCCCCGAUCGUUAAAGCUCUACUUAAAGCAGGUGCCAAUCCCUACCAAGCAGAUAUUUCGGGGCAAAAUCUUUUCGAGUAUGCUUUGAAUUCUGGUAGAGAGAGCACCUGUCUGCUCCUGUUGGAGAACGGUUACGAGGAUUUAACUAAAGACAAGAUACACCUGAAUCACCUCAGCACAUCGGAGAGGUCCGGCAAUGCUAUUAACUCUCUGAUCAGUUUCCUGGCAUCCAUAAAGAAAAAGAAAGGGCGGAUCCAAGACAAAAUCGAGGAGAAAAGGCAUACUUUUGCACCCCUGAAGAAAAAUCUGAAGUUUAUGAAGAAAAACAUUUUGAAGAGAACGAAAAAUAUUCGCCCAGUUAAUCAAGAUGUUGGCAUUCCUAAUUUUGCCAUUCUUGAUAUCCAUUGAGUUCUCUCGUGUGCGCAGUUAUUGAAAUCCAUUUAUGUGUGAACUAUACAAGGACAUUUAAUUUAACAUUUGUAUUUACUAUGUACUUAUUUUAUACAAAUAAAAGGAAGAAAUAGA